UUAGAAUAAGUCAUGCUUUAGAGGAAUUGCCAGAUGAAAUACUUAAACACUUGAUAAAUCCAAAAGCUUUGGAUACUAAAUUAUGUCCGUCAACUUCAAACUUAAACAUCUCGAAAGUGGAAGUCGACGAGUCUGCAGCAACUUUUCAAAAGCAUCUCAUUACUUUACUUUCCAUUAAUGCGGAGAAUGUUGAAUUUUGCAGUUUUUGGGAGAAUCUUAUUUUUGACUGCAGUUCAUCCAAAGUACCUCCAAUUGUUAUUGAGCGUACAAAGAAGAUUUUAACUAAAUGUAGUCUUGACAUGGAAGCAUCAAACAAUUUUCGCGACAAUUUCAAAAGUUAUAUACAAUUUCUGCUUCUUUGCUGCUCAAAUCUUGAAUAUCUGGAAUUUGAAUGUACUUCAAACUCUACUUCUCCUAACGACUACAUUACAAAUUUGGAAGCCCUUAUAAUUUCAACUAUAGAAGAUCUCAAACAUCAGCAUCGCGGUAGUAAAAAUUUGAAGAUUCGAAUUGAAUUCACUGCGAAUUUUGAAGAGGUUUUAUUCGAGUCGAUUUCGACUGAACAUAAAAUUUUCACGUUGGGAAAUUCAUUUGUUAUUGAUGAACUAUCUGAUGAUUCUCCAUACUUUGCACGUAGUAUAAAAUUUAAUGAUUCAAUUGGGAGACAGCAUGAGUGUUUAUUUCAAAUUUUCUCUGAAAAGCCAGAUCUUUCUGAUUGUAUGUUUUUUAAAAUUGCACUUUCCAAUUCCAAAAAAUAUUUUUUGACAGAUUAUAUAACUAAUUAUGAUUAUGAUGGAGACUAUGAUAACUAUGGAGAUUCUGAUCAUACUGAAGAUUACGAUGAAUAUGACUUCGAUGAAUAUGAGUAUUGA